CUUGUUGACCAACAGGUCGAAAUCUUUGAUGUUUUCAAGAUGUUUGGACUUACUGGGUACCGACAUGGCCACCAUAUAGCUUAAAUACAGGACUUCUCCACUUGACGUGAGCGUAAACCAUCCACUCAUUGAUUAUGAAGCCUUUCAUACCCGCGACGCUCUGCUUCCUUUCGAUGACAAUCAAGUUCGCUGGUGCUGUGCCUGUGGAACGCACGCAGAGGCCGUCGCAAGUUCAUGCCAGACGUUCGCUUCAGGAUUGGUUGUCAUGGCUGCAGGUCAGCGUUGGCGAUCUUGUUCAUGUUGGCGUUGGGGAAACGAGUGAUGCCAAUACCCAAACCAAGACACCUGCGAUUGUCUCAGUGAAGGCGCCAUUCACAGACAUCCAGGUGAAAGAUAAGAGAGACGCUCCAGACUUACUGUAUUGGUUUCCACAAGAAAACUCGGGAGACCAAGACAGCUGGGACACCGAAGAGCAGAGCAACCUCAGCUUGGAACAGGAACAAGCGCCGACAUCAGGUGCGGUUCAGGAGUAGGAUGGCUUGCGCAGGUCCGCAGCGAAAGAACGGAUGCCGGUGAUGUAGCCUCAGGUCUGUAGAAACAAUUGGAAAUCUGGCUAGUGCUGGGGCGUAAGACUCAGCUAUUCGUCUUCAUCGUCAUGCGAAAGGGUCGA